AUGCCUCGGGGUCAGAAGAGUAAGCUUCGUGCCCGUGAGAGACGCCAGCAGGCCCAAGUUGAGCCCCAGAAUCCGGUAGGUGCUCAGGCCAUUGUGGGAGUGGGAAAAGAGUUGCCUUCCUCUUUCUCCUCUUGCAAAGCUAUUUCCUAAAGCUCACUUAUUGCUUGGUCAUAUUGCAAUCCACAGGGUCUUCAGACAGCCACAAAUACUGAGUCCAUCCAAAGAGGCCAUAUAGAUGAGAAGGUGGUUAUAAUGGUGUAUUACCUGCUGUAUAAGUAUAACUUGAAAGAGCCUAUUAGCAAGGUGGAAAUGCUGAGAGAAGUAAUCCAGAUGUAUAGGAGUCACUACCUUGAGAUACUCCAGAGAGCUGCUGAGCACAUGGAGAUGAUCUUUGGCCUUGACCUAAAGGAAGUGGAUCCCUACCGGCACAUCUACAUCCUUGUCAACAAAAUGGAAGUAAGCUGCGAUGCAAGGCUGAUAAAUCGGAUCGAGAUUCCCAAGACAGGCCUGCUGAUGGCUGUUCUUGGUGUAAUCUUCAUGCAGGGCAAUUGUGCUAGUGAGGAGCGAGUCUGGCAAACCCUGAAUGUGAUGGGGUUAUUUAACGGGAGGAAGCACUUCAUUUUUGGGGAGCCUAAGAAGCUCAUUACCAAAGAUUUAGUGCAGCAGAAGUACCUAGAGUACCGCCAGGUGGCCAAUAGUGAUCCUCCAUGCUAUGAGUUCCUGUGGGGCUUAAGAGCCCACGCCGAAACCACCAAGAUGAAAGUGCUAGAGUUUAUGGCUAAGAUCCAUAAUAUGGUCCCCACUGCCUUCCCAUCCUUGUAUGAGGAGGCUUUGAGAGAUGAGGAAGAGAGAGCCCAAGCUAGAGCUUCAGCCAAGGCUCGUACUGCAGCCCUGGCCAAGGCCCGCUCCAGUGCCAUAGCCAGCAGUUCCUCCCACUCCAAAAGAACACCUGUACAAGCGUUCAGGCAUGUUCAUCAAGUGAUGGGCAGCAGAGGCUCACUAGUUGUGAUUUUUGACCAUGUACCAAAGGAAGAAGAAAAGUCUCGGUGGAUUGAGACUACUCUAAAGGUCUCAGGAAACGAAGCCUUUGAUCUGAGGCUAAUGGUCUCAGAUCAAAAGCGGAAAACAUCUCGGCCUUUAUUUGGAGUUAAGGAGAGCAGCCUGAGCAAGGGUACGCUAAACCGGGCACACGCACACACUGUCCCUGCGGUCUCCCCUGGGAGGCCCCGGGUCGGGCUAUCAAACUACGGGAGGGACGGGUCUCGGUGCCCUCAUUGUCUGUCUUCCUGCCCACACUCCUGCCUGCUGUCCCUGAUCUGUGUCAUCAUGCCUCGGGGGCAAAAGAGUAAGCUCCGUGCCCGUGAGAAACGCCAACAGGCCCGGAGUGAGGCUCAGCAUCUCCAAGAUGCUCAGGCCUCUGCAGUAGAGGAAGAAGAGUUCCCCUUUUCCCCUACCCCUCUGCUUGGUGGUAAUGUCCAGAGCUCCCCUGCUUCUGGGUCAGAUAGAAAAUCCCAGGGGUCUGGGAGAGCCCCUUCCACUACUUCUGCAGGUGCUUCAUGUACCAGAUCUGAUGAUGGUGCUAAGAGCCAAGAUGAAAAACCAAGCACCUCCCAGGCAUUACCCAGCACUGAGUUUUCCUGUAGAACGCCUCUAGACGAGAAGGCAAUUCUGUUGGUGCAAUUUCUGCUGCGCAAGUAUAAUCUGAGAGAGUCCAUUACCAAAGAAGAUAUGAUUAAGCAUGUCAUCAAAAAGUACAAGAAGCACUUCACUGUGAUCCUCAAGAAAGCUUCUGAGCUGAUGGUGCUGGCCUUUGGCAUUGAGGUGAAGGAAGUUAACCCCACCACUCAUUGCUAUGCCCUUGUCAGCAAAUUUCAGUGCACCAGUGAUGGCAGACUGCGGGGUGAGGAGAUCAUGCCCAAGACCGGCCUGCUUAUGACCAUCCUCUGUGUGAUCUUCAUGAAGGGCAACUGCGCCACUGAGGAGGAUGUCUGGGAGGUGCUCAAUGUGAUGGGGAUAUAUGCUGGAAGGAAGCACUUCAUCCAUGGGGAGCCCAAGAAGCUCAUCACCAAAGAUCUGGUGCAGGAAAGGUAUCUGGAAUACCGCCAGGUGCCCAACAGUGAUCCUCCACGCUAUGAGUUCCUGUGGGGCCCGAGAGCCCAUGCUGAAACCAGCAAAAUGAAAGUUCUUGAAUUCUUGGCCAACAUUCAUGAUACGGUCCCCAGUGCCUUCCCAUCCUGGUAUGAAGAGGCUUUGAGGGAUGAAGAAGAGAGAGCCCGAGCCAGAUUUGCAGCCAUGCUUCGCACCAGUGCCCUGGCCAGUGUGCAUUCUGGGGCCAGUGGCCAAGGCAGCUUCCCUCACCUGUAG